AUGCUUAUUGAAAAUUCUGAGAACGAAAGGUAUAUCAAAACCAUCAAUUUUGGGUGUUAUCCCAAAGAUGUAUUGAAGUUUCAAGAUGGUCAAGAUUUCCUUCAGCAAUUGGUAUUUAUUGACUAUCAGUUGAAACUCUUAAUACAAAAUGAGUUUCACGGAGAAGAGUUGUCUUCAGUACAGAAUAUAAUAACUAAUGGAAAUUCUUCUCAUUCACCCAAAGACAAGUUAUCUCAAUUGAUAAAUUAUACGACUUCAGUUAGUUCAAACUACCACAAAACAACAAGAACUUAUGAGAGUAAUUUAUAUUAUACGGUAUUGAUGGCACAUUUGCUAUAUCUCGAUGGUAAUACAUACGAAAUGAACAAGUUACUCACCUCCAUCAAAGUUUCCUUCCAAGUGAGUAAAAAUCUCAAUGUAUCCACAAGUGUAUUUGAAUUUAUUCAGUACUUGACUGUUCGAUACUAUGUCCUUCUCGGAUUGAGUAAUCAAAAUGGGUUAUCCAUAUGGACUGAUUAUCUAAACUACUAUAACAAACCAUUUGCCAAAUCACACGUGAUUGCUAACCAUUGGUUAGACUUGCUACUUGAAAAUCUUGCCAUUGCUUUAACUAAAAAUCGUACAAUUCAACUAUCAUUUGUAAACCAAUUGACUAAAUUACCAUUUUACAAGAAUAAAUUGGCAAUUAUCGCUUUUGCUAAUUUUCUUUUACGUCCAGAAAGUUCAAAACUUAUAAACAGAAAUUUUAAACAAGAGUACACUGAUUUUUUGGUGGUUGAUAUUAAUGAAUGUAUUCAUCUGAGAGUCCAAUUUCCUGAUGCUAGUGAUGAAAACACACAAGUUAAUGAUUUCACCAACAACUUGUAUGAAUCAUUAAGUUACGUACCGUUCAAUUUGGCCAUUUUUAAACCUGAUUUGUCAAAACAGUUUUUAGUUGAUGCUAUGAAAAAGACGUAUCAGAGUAGAGUUGUCAUAUCUAAUUUUAUUUACACCUUGAUUGAUUUAAACGAGUAUGAUGAAGCUUCAGCCGCUUUUAAUACGUACAUUGACUACUUGGAAAAGGAUCAAGAGUUGAAGAAUGGCCAUAUCGAAGAUAUUUUGGCCAUUAUUGAUACAUACAGUACUUGUAUCAUUCAUUUUAAUCCGCUCAAGUCGUUCAAACACAAUCCAAAGUUCAAGUUUGCUGAUGAACCAAUUGUUUUACAACACUUGCAUAAAUACGUCGAACAGUUACAAAACUACAUGUUGAAAUUAGGUGAAUUGAUUGAUUUGACAUAUGAUGAUGAAAAUUAUGCUGGUGAUCGAAAUCCACUUUCAUUUUUGUAUCGAAAAUACAAUUUAAAUGUAUUACAACCAGAUCAUUCUCAAUUCAUUGAAUUGAUUUCAAAGGCUUGGCAUUCGAUUGGAUAUUACCACUAUUAUUUAUCUUUAUGUGAAUCAACUAAUCAAAAAGUACUUGAUGGUCAUGUAUCACAAGUAUUGAAGAAUUAUAAAAACUCGUUAAUUAUUAAUUCAACUGGUAAUGUGGUGUAUUUGUUCCAUUAUGCUUUAGCUUUGGCGAAUGUGGGUCAAUUGAAACCAUCAUUAAAGUUGUGUAAGUUUAUCUUGAAAAGGUACCCUGAAUCUUUCAAGACAUGGAAUCUUUUGGUAUUAUUGAUUACAUCAUUCAAUAAUAAUGAUGAUGAUGUGAACAAACCAGCAAGUUUCAAUGAUAACAUUCUCCCAGACAAUUUACUCAACGAUGUUAGCAAAGUCAAUGGUAAUAUGAACGGAAUUGAUCAACAAGUGGAUAGUGGUUUUACUCCUCCGAAAUUAGAAAUUAGAGAACCAGAAAAAUUCAUCAACAAGGCAUUAAACAUUUCUGGAUUGUACAUCUUGAAACACAAGGAAAGAGAUAUCAAGUUACCUACUGAUGCCAAGUACGAAAUUAUGCAAUUGAAAUUAACUCAAUUAGCAGUAUUGGAAUCUAUUCAUGGAUCACAAUAUAUGAUGAAUUAUAUCUCAGAAGUUUUCCUUUUGUAUCAUGAGCUUUUUGAAGUAUCUUUCAAUACAAUUAAUGGAACUGGCUUGGCAUCUUCGAAAAACUUUGGCGCCAAUGAAAAAUGGUCGCAUCGACCAAGUUUUAUUGACCCCGUUGAGUUGCAAAAUGUCGGAUCAAACGCCCCAGCACCACCGCGAGCUAGUUCUCCAACAAAUGCCGCUUACUCAGUAACACAUACACUGGCAAAGACUAACCCUGUGGCAACGAAAAGUGUUUCCCUUGUCAACGAAGCCAAUGGAUCCCAUGUGAGAAGAACUCAUACAGUUGAUCGAUUGAAACGACUUUCGAAAUUACCCAUGUCACUUCCUAAACCAGGCUCAAGGUCUGAUUCAGUAAACAGAAGAGACUCAGUCGUAUCUCAAUCAUCGUUGAAAUCAGGUGGAGGACCAGGAUCACGUAUCAAAAAGCCUGACUUUUUCAAAAAUGGCAAUGAUCUGAAGAAUGCAUUACUGGAGAAAUCUUUGUCACCAUCACCAUCACGUAAUGGUGUUAUUCAAAAUUCAAAUGCCAUCGCAUCACCAGCCCCAGUCAAACGUAAUCCCCCCGCACCCCAUUCAACACCAAAAGACAAUGUUCUUGAACGCAAGUUACUUCAAGAGUUGUGGCUUUGGACAGCACGUGUGUUUUUAAAGAAUGAUUUGCAUGAUGAAUGUGAACAAUGUAUUGGUGAAGCUGAGUUGAUUUAUGAACCAAAUAUCAAGACAUUUAUAGCUACGGGUCAAUUAAGUUCCAAAACCAAGAAGUUCUUAUCAUUACAAGAGUAUGAACGGACAUUGGAAAUCUUACAGCGUACUAAUAAAUAUGACAAGAUUGAAUUUGGUUAUGCAAUACUAGGAUUGGCGAAAUUGUUCCUCAUCGAUGAUAUUUCCACCAAGAGUUUAUUCACUUCGACAAAAGAUAUGGAUGCAGCAAUCAUAAGGUUGAAGAAUAUGUUGGAACAGUUUUCAUUAAGCUGGCCUGUGGGCUCUAACAAUGUUGAAGUUUGGUUUUAUUUGAGUAAAAUUUAUGAAAUUAUUGAUGAUAAGAUUUUGUUGACUAGAAGUUUAUGGAAAUGUGUUGAAUUGGAAGAUAGCAGAUCAGUUAGGAGUUUUGAAGUUUGUAAUUCAAGUAUGUAA